AUGGAUUCGAGUGACUACACGUCACAUAGUGACCCUCUGGGUGACGUCACAGAAAGCUUACGUAACCAUGCCCGAACGUCAUCAAUCGGAUCGUGUACGACGGACAUGACUGAAGGCAGCUCCAGCUUCACGGAAACCAGCUCACAAGAUACCUUCACAACAGAUAGUUAUUCUUUCACCACCGACGAUGGAUUUCUACGCCAGCAAGUAUCAAAAGACACAACAAAGCAAGUGAAGUUUCACGAGAAGGUUGAAUUUGCACCGAUCUAUUAUAUGAACUCCAGUAUGACGAGCUACGAAAGUCAGAUCCCAGAGCAUGCCAGCAAAUGCACUCCGUUGUCCGAAAGCGUAAACUUUUCAGAAAGACAGACAAGCACUGGGAAGGUGGAGAUGAAAGCGCCAGAAUCGAGUUCUCCUAAUUUCAAACAUGAAACUAGAAAGGACUUCAGCUUCGAACAGGUGCCAGAUGGAAGGUCCACUCCGGAAACUGCUGAGGUUAACUUGCAGUUGGGUGCCAGUGGAGAGGAAUCUGCUGCCCAAAAAGUGAACGGAUGCCCGAUCGGUAUUGCGAGCCACGUCACGCCCCUGUCGUGGAAUGCUGUUGGGUGCGGAGGCAGGCAGGGUUCACCUGUGAACAUGGUUAGACCUGCUUGUUCUAGUCAACUGCCGAAAUUGACCAAACCUACGCAUACUGCGCUUUCAGAGUCACCUCAUUCAGUGAUCCAUUUGAAAGCAAGUUCUGCACAGCACCCUUCCGUGGUCAAUUCUGGAGCAGCUGGCUCACGCAUCGGUGUUGAACACUGUUGUCCUGCUGUCGAUGGUGAUGAUGACGAUGAUGAUGAUGAUGACGAUGAUGGUGAAGAUGACGAUGAUGAUGAUGAUGACGAUGAUGAUGAUGAUGAUGAUGAUGAUGAUGAUGAUGAUGAUGAUGAUGAUGAUGAUGAUGAUGAUGAUGAUGAUGAUGAUGAUGAUGGUAACAGUCAAAGUUAG